CUCUCUCUCUCUCUCAGAAGUUACGGUUGCUACGAGCGGGCUGACUUGCUAACAAAAAAAAAAGUAAACAAGUCUGUGGAAUGAGAUGAUAUACAACGGCGGUAGCUAACUUUUUUUCGACAAUGAAGGAAGACAAGGAGAACGCUCGGCCCAAGGAGCGAAGGGUGGAAAUAAAUUGUGACGAUGGAGAAAAGACGGAGAAGUCGAAGGAAAAGAAAGAGGCCAUGACGAAGAUUGUGAUCCGACGGUUACCACCAAGUCUGACCAAGGAGGAGCUUGAGGAGCAGUUACAACCUCUCCCGGAGGUGGACUACCUGGAGUUUUUCUCCAACGACGCCAGCCUUUAUCCGCACCUCUUCGCGAGGGCGUACAUCAAUUUUAAAAACCAAGAGGACAUAGUUCUGUUCAGAGAUCGAUUUGAUGGAUAUGUGUUCAUUGACAGCAGAGGACAGGAGUAUCCUGCUGUUGUGGAGUUUGCACCUUUUCAAAAGACUUCCAAGAAAAGAAGUAAGAAAAGGGACACAAAAUGUGGAACAAUUGAUGAAGAUCCUGAUUACAAGAAGUUUCUGGAAUUUUACAACGGCGAUGACGACAAGUUGGCAUCAACACCAGAGACACUGUUGGAAGAGAUUGAGGCAAAAUCAAAGGAACUUGUCGCUAAAAAAACAACUCCUCUGCUCGACUUCUUGAAGAAUAAACAGAGAAUCAGAGAGGAAAAGAAAGAAGAGAGAAGGAGGAGGGAGCUUGAACGCAAGCGCCAACGUGAGGAGGAGCGUCGCAAAUGGAGGGAGGACGACCGGAGGAAGCGCAAAGAGGCAGAGAAAACCAAGAGACAUGAGAAACCCCUGGAGAAGGACCGGGACCAAGUUAAAGAAGAACCAAAGAUUAAGCUUUUGAAGAAGCCAGAGAGAUGUGAUGACGGCGAUUCUGAGAACCCCAAGGAAAAGAUCAAGAAACCCGACUGGCCAAACAAAGACGACAGAGCCGUGGGAGGCGCCGAUCAUAAGAAGCGUCAACACAUCGAGAAUAAGGAGGAUCGAGGAAGGAAAGUGGACGAAGAAGGGAGGAAGGAGUUCAGGGAGCGUGACCUGGAUCGAGACCGAGAGCGCGACAGGGAGCGGGAGAAGGAGCGGCUGCAGAGAGAGAAGGAGCGCAUCCGGCGGCAGACGGAAAAUCGUCGUAGAAGGAGAGAGCGUCAGGACGGAGAGACGUUGUGCAGGAGGAGGGAGGACGAUGUCAAAAAAGACAAAGAGCGUGCCAAGGAGAAGAAAAGGGGCGAAAACCUCGGAGACCCUACUCACUCUGAGAGGCCGUCGAAAGACUACAGGAAGGACGAAAGUAGUAAACGAGAACGUCUACGAAAUAAGGACCGGCCCGCGAUUCAGCUGUACCAGCCCGGAACCAGAAGUCGCACUCGAGGAGGCGGAGGAGGAGCAGGAGGGGAAUCCAACUCUGCUGACAGAAAGCCAGAUACAGAGAGCGGGAAAGUGGCUGACAAAGGAGAGGAUUGAGCACAUCUACACUCAUGCCAUUUGAAGUGUGGUGAGGAGAGGGGAGACAGGCCUGCGAGGCUCAGGGCAGCAACGUGGCACCUCAGGGCGACAUGCACAGUAGUUCAAGCAGGGCUGCACCCCGGCUCUCCCAAUCCGAGGCAGAGAGGGGAUUGCGGAGCCUCUUUACGUUUUUAUUUUUUAGGAAAGGUAACCGUAAACGUUGGCUCACAGUUUGGCUGUAGGGCACAUUAGUCUAAACCAAAGCUUUCUUGGACCACGUAAACUCAAAGUGACCUUGCUUCAGUAAUGUUUCCCUGAUGUGCAGCGCAAGCAAUGGCUUUAAACAUGUUUGUCCAUAUCACAACUUCCCAAUUACUCAAUUCAAACAUCGCAGAGCUCAUCAAUAUUGGUUCUUCGUUAAUGAGAUUUCUGUUGUUGCGUUGACGUGUUCAGCUUGAAGUCUAGACAUGGGAAUCUUUCUCUGCACGGGAAGUGAGACUAUUCCAAUUUAUGUGCAGCACUUUGCAUUUCUUCAUGGUCCGUCGUUGUAAAAUUGUGUUGUAUCCUGAGGUACAAAGUCUGUACGUAACCUGAUUUUGAGAUCAUGUAUUUUGUUCUCACAGUCCUACAGUGACCGAGAGGAAGCUGCCAUUUCAGACUAGACUGCCAUGUGAAAGCCAUGCAAGCUUCAAUCAGAGGGAUCAACCAGUGGCCUUCCUUGCUUUUCUAAACUGAAUCUGCUCUUAAACAUGAACGUGUGGCACUAAACUGAAUACAGCACUCUCGGAAUACAGAGAAAACAUCGCUGCUGCUGAAGCUUAUACACAUUAGCCAUGUUUGACUAGAAAUAAAAGAGCUCUUCGAGUAUG